GUGGAGGAAAAUCAAACACUCUGGUCUUGCCCCCAACGAUGCAAGUGUGACUGCUGGCGUCUUCAUGAGCUCCAGAGGUCACAGCACGCUACCAAGGACUCUCAUGGCCCCUCGGAUGAUUUCCGAGGGAGACUUAGGAGGCAUUGCUCAAAUCACCUCCUCUCUAUUCCUGGGCAGAGGCAGUGUGGCCUCCAAUCGGCACCUCCUCCAGGCUCGUGGCAUCACCUGCAUUGUUAAUGCUACCAUUGAGAUCCCUAAUUUCAACUGGCCCCAAUUUGAGUAUGUUAAAGUGCCUCUGGCUGACAUGCCGCACGCCCCCAUUGGACUGUACUUUGACACCGUGGCUGACAAGAUCCACAGUGUGAGCAGGAAGCACGGGGCCACCCUGGUGCACUGUGCUGCCGGGGUGAGCCGCUCAGCCACGCUCUGUAUCGCCUACCUGAUGAAAUUCCACAACGUGUGCCUGCUGGAGGCGUACAACUGGGUGAAAGCCCGGCGACCUGUCAUCAGGCCCAACGUAGGCUUCUGGAGGCAGCUGAUAGACUACGAGCGCCAGCUCUUUGGGAAGUCGACAGUUAAAAUGGUACAGACACCUUACGGCAUAGUUCCCGACGUCUAUGAGAAGGAGUCCCGACACCUGAUGCCUUACUGGGGGAUUUAGUGCCACCGAAGCCUGCGUCAGCAGCCCGAGUGGGACCGGUGUCUGCUCCCCGCCGUCUGCUCCCUCUCCACUGUCUUCUCAAAUGGCUGACUUCUGGUUCUCCCUCAAGUGUUUUUUACACUGGGUGUUCAAAUUUAUUUUAAGAGAGAGGGAGGGAGGGGACAUAAAGGGAAUGCAUACAUUGCUAGUCACAUUUUUAAAAUUAACAUUUUGGAAUAGUGUUUAUGAAAAUCUUUAGCUUUUAAUCAUUUUUAUCAAUUUGAACAGUUUAAUAAACUGUUUGGUUCUGCUCUCUUCUGAAUCUCAUGCCUUUGGCACCUUGGUAGGUGCAGGAGGAGCUCAGUGCAAAAAUCACUUUGGGGCCUCAUUAACCCUUUAGAGACAAGCUUCGCCCCAGGCUGCUGACCAGACAGAUGCUUAGGGAAGGUUGAUACCAGCUUCAGUCUCUACUGGAUUAGCCCUACUCUUUCCUUUCCCCUCUAUUAUUUAGUGACUCUGUAAGUUAAAUACACCCUUAUUAUUUAGCUGUUAAGUAAUUAUAAUGAAAUCUGCUGCAAAAACUCUUGGAAUCCAUGUGCCCAGGAUUAUAUUAGCAUUAUUUUUAAUAAAUCUAUAUGCUUAACAU